AUGACUGUCCCCGAGCCCCCCAUCAGAUUGGAGGGAGACUGCUCGGUGAUUUCCGGCAACACACUUUAUCAUUAUUCGUCUAGUGGCCUUGUAUCGAUCCCGCUCGAGGUCAAUGGCAACUGGACUCAGCUAAACGGCGGCGUGUCUGUCUCCAAUGCCGUAUGUCUCAAAGGCGGGAUAGAGGGCAGUGAGAAUGACGACGAAGCCCUGUACGUGGUUGGCGGGACCACCACUAAUGCAGACAGCACAUAUUCCGGUCUCCAACGCUUCUCGUUCAAGGAUCAGAUGUGGCAAACCCUGGGAUCUGGAACAACCUCAAUGACCGCCCGAACGGGCCAUGGUGCCGCAUUUGUUGCGUCUGAUUCCUCGAUCAUUGUUUAUGCAGGCAACGUAGGCGCGGGAACCAGCACCGCGCUCUCUGCCCAAUCCUUCCUGAUCUCGACAAAAUCCCCCUAUGGCCAGACGUCCGUGGUGAACCAGGGAGCUCCAACCCUCAACAAUCCCCAACUGCUCCCCUGGAACUCAACUCACGUUGGGAUGUUUGGCGGGGAGGGCGGAAGCCAAGCUGUCUACACAUACAAUAGUGCAACGGGAUGGGACCUCUCGCCCAUAAGCCUCCCUUCCGUCCUGUCAACAUCGACUCCGCUCACUCUCCUUUCUGGGUCGGGGGAUAGCAAGGUGCUGGAAUAUUUCGACAUGAAUGCCUCUCCUAACUCCGUGGUUAAUUACGAACUCAUGAGCCCGGAUGGAAAGCCCGAAAGCCCUGCUGUGGCGGUCGGUGCUUCAUCUAAGAAGCGGAGCACGGGGAGCUAUCCCACCUACAACGACACCCUUGCCCCCAGCUACACGUGGUCAGAUUACGCCCUCGCCCAGGGAAGCAACGGCAUGGUUGUUCUGUCCAGUGGCCGGAGCAAUAACUCGCUCGCCAUUUUCAACCAGACCUCGAAUAGCUGGGUCAAUUCGACAGAAUUGUUCCAGGGCAAGAGUGUACAACACGUUUUGACAACGAAUACCACCACUUCGACUACCAUGACCCCUACAGCCACACCAACUCCUUUGGCCUCGGCAUCAACUAGCGCUACCCCCAGCUCGACUACCACUGCUGCCGCCGCUGCCAGUGGCGGCUCUCAUACGGACACCAAAGUCAUUAUUGGUGCCGUCCUCGGCGGCGUGUGCGGUGUCGCCAUCAUCCUUCUCCUGCUUCUCUGGCUGCUGAAACGCGUAAGGACAAAGAGAGAGCUGAACAGCCAGGCCCGUGGCGGUGACAGUAAGGACAGACUCAGCUUCCAGGACCGGGGUAUAGAACCCCUGGCUGGCGGUGCGUACCCCAUGGCUAGGAGUCCCGUUCCGGUUGCCUCGAUGUCAGCCGAUUCGCUCGCGAUAUUAUCCGGCAAAUACAAGGGAGAGAAGUCUCUCAUGCCCCCUCCCGCCAACAGCGGCUACGGUCUGUCUGCCACACCUCGCAAGAACAGCCCGCUCUCACCAAUCCCAUCGAGUGGUCUCGCGCCAUCAAGCAUGUGGUCGGAAGAUGCGUACCGCAACAGCACCACCCCCUCGGAACCUGGCAACAAACCGGGUGACCGCACCACCGACGAAGGCUGGAGCAAGUACUUUGAAGAUAACGGCACCACGAAUGUCAGCGGAAUGCCCGCCGACCGAUCCACCACCAGCUCUGUCUACACAAAAUCCGACUACCGUGGCAGCGCCUGGCCCAUGACGAACUUGACCCCGCUGAACUUGGGUUUCCUGGACCAGCCCAAGCCACUGGGCCGCGUAUACAGCGGCAGUCCAACGACGGAGCAUGCAUCGUCGAGUCGGAGCCUCGCAAUCCACGAAGGACAGAGCGCGCGGAUAUCCAGCGCCGACUCGAUCAGCGUGACUAGCGACGACGACCCGCACGACACGAACUGGACUGGCGCGCAUACCAGCUGGCUUGGCCGCCCGACUAGCAGCAAUUACAGCACGAGUUUCUACAACAGUAGCUCACGCGACUUGCCGAGCUCGAAUCCGCAGUUGCCGCGACACUCGAACGGCCGCCGCUCGAGCGUUGCGAUCCCUGAGGAUAUUGAUGAAUUGCCGAUGCCCGGACGCAACAAUGCGAAUUCAGAUAUGAGUUGGUUGAAUUUGAAUGCCGAGCGAUAA